CUCGGUUUAAUCCGGUUCAUUUGUAACUUAACUCGAUGGCCAAGCUUAUUCCUGAAUGGGCUUGGUUCCGCAAGUCAAAGCUUGUAGCUUUGUACAGACUACAGUGUCAAGUGUUUGACACCACGCCAUCGUAGAUUCGGACACGACACGACGCGAGAGAACAAGAAGAAGAACAGGAACUCACAGUAUACAGAAGAUCGAAAAUGGAAGAAAUCAACCUUAAUCAAACAAUCCGUUGCAUCGUCAAACUUGGAGGUUCAGCAAUCACUUGUAAGAAUGAGUUGGAGAAGAUCAAUGAAGAGAAUCUUGAAACAGUUUCAUCCCAGUUGAGGCAAGCAAUGAUUCUGGAUUCUUGUUCAAAGAAGGUUAUUGGGAUGGAUUGGAGUAAGAGAGAUGGCGUUUUGGACGUUUCUUCUAGUUUAGGUGAUUUUGGUGAUCAGGGUCAGUUCACCGUGGAUUUCAGUAGAUUUGUCGUUGUGCACGGUGCAGGUUCUUUUGGGCAUUUUCAGGCUAGCAAAUCUGGGGUUCAUAAAGGAGGAUUGAAGCAACCUCUAGUCAAGGCUGGUUUUGUCGCAACGCGAAUUUCUGUCACAACCCUUAAUCUUGAAAUUGUCAGAGCGCUAGCUAGAGAGGGUAUUCCUUCUAUCGGCAUGCCUCCAUAUACAUGUGGAUGGUCAACCUCUGAACGAAAUGUAGCUUCUGCUGAUUUGUCAGGGGUGGCCAAAGCAAUAGACUCAGGCUUUAUCCCUGUUUUACAUGGAGAUGCAGUACUUGAUGAGCUUCUGGGAUGCACCAUUUUGAGUGGAGAUGUUAUAAUUCGUCAUCUGGCAGAGCACCUGAGGCCUGAAUAUGUCGUCUUUCUUACUGAUGUUUUGGGUGUAUAUGACCGUCCACCAACCGAUCCGAAUGCAGUUCUUUUGAGAGAAAUCGCCGUGGAUGAAGAUGGGAAGUGGUCUGUUGUGAACCCAACUCUUGAAAGCAUGAAUAAGCAAGUUGAGAUAACUGUAGCAGGCCAUGAUACAACUGGGGGAAUGGCUACCAAAAUAUCUGAAGCUGCACUGAUUGCAAAGCUAGGAAUUGACGUUUAUAUAGUCAAGGCGGCCACAAGCCACUCAUUGAGAGCGUUGAGUGGGGAACUGAGACGUAACGUACCAGACGACUGGCUUGGGACGAUCAUCCGGUUUUCAAGAUAGGAAAUAUUUGACCGUAAAGAAUCAUGUAAUCCAAUGCAUUGGAUUGGGACUAAGAAACAUCAUUUUCACCUCGUACUAGUCAAAAUUUCUCCCCUUAACGUUCCAAGUUUCCAAUUCCACGGCUAUGGCACGAUCAUUCCGCGUCCUGCAUUUGCUGGGUUAGUUUGCUGCAUCAAAGCAAUUCACCAUGCAU